AUGGACUCAGCAUUCAGGCCACACUUAACCAGGCUGAAAGGGGAACUUCAGGAGCAAUGUUCACCUAUUAGGAAAGAAAUGGCCUCAAGUGAAGGCAACACUCAGACAUACAAGAUGACCUCCUUGGACAGCGACAUGAACCAACACUUCCAGGAUGCAAUUGAUGUGAUUAAACAGCAUUCAAAUAAUUCAUAUUACGAUUCAGAGUAUACAUAUUAUGAGACUGUGGGUUCCCAGCAGCCAUCACACACCGCACACCUGCAGUGUCAGAUCUCCUGCCUCGUCACCCACCAGUCUGAUGUACCAGCUCCAGCAUAUGACUGGACUGACAUGACUCAGCAGACUUGGCCUCAGGUCAUCCCUGAUGUCUCCCUGGGUCAAAAUGAAUCGCCUCAUUUCUACUCAAUCUUACCACCACAGAGGAACAGCAAAGGUCGUAAGAAGCUCAGACUUUAUGAAUACCUCCAUGAGGCUCUGAAUGACCCCAACAUGGGUGACUCAAUCCAGUGGACAGACAGCGGCAACGGCACCUUCCACUUCAUCUCCAAGAACAAAGAGAAGCUGGCUGAGUGCUGGGGCCAACGCAAGGGCAACCGUAAGACCAUGACCUAUCAGAAGAUGGCAAGAGCUCUGAGAAACUACAGCCGCACCGGUGAGAUCAUUAAAGUACGCCGCAAACUUACUUACCAGUUCAACCCAGACAUCCUGCACAGGCUCGGCUCUGCACAGGUGCCCAUGCACCUGCCCUGCCACCCCGCACAAGAGGAGGUCCGCACCCAGCAGCCAAACCCAAGUGACCAGAGCUACUGCAGCUCUGCAGCGGCAGAUUGGCACAGCUGGUACGGACACUUCCAGCUGCAGGAAGACUAUGACCUGGCCUCAAGCUUCACUUCACACAGCAUAACCAAACUCUGA